AUGGCAAUACAAAAAGUGUACAGAAUCGGCGUCGAUGUUGGAGGAACAAAUACAGACUGUGUCAUCAUUCAUCCUGGCGAGGCACAUUUGCCCGACCGUGGCAUUCGCAGUGCAUUCAAGACCCCGACAACGGCAAAUGUGACUGUGGGUAUAACGAAAGCGAUUGAGGGAGCCAUAUCAAAAUGCGGCAUCCCUUUGGAAGCUGUGGCAGCAGUCAUGAUCGGGACAACGCAUUUCAUUAACGCUGUUGUACAAGCGGACGACCGAAAUCUUAGAAAGGUCGCCGUCUUCAGAGUCUGUGGACCAUAUACAAAAGAAAACCCACCGUUUAUGGAUUUUCCACCUAUUCUGAGCCGCAUCAUGAACGGCCAUGUCGUUUAUUUGGACGGCGGUCUUGAAUUCGAUACCCGAGAGAUAAUGCCUCUAAACGAGGCGCAAGUGCGAAAAGAAUGCCAGAUCGUGAAGGAGAAAGAACUCACUGACAUUGCUGUGGUUGGAGUUUUCUCGCCUCUUGACAUUUCUGGUAAACAGGAAGCACGAGUCAAGCAAAUAAUUCAAGAGGAGAUACCAAAGGCAGACGUCGUCUUAUCUAGAGACAUCGGUCAACUUGGCUAUCUCGAAAGAGAAAACGCUACUAUUCUCAAUACUUCGAUUCUGAAAUUUGCUAGGAAGACUAUUCGCAGCUUCAAACUGGCUAUUCGAACAUUGGGUCUUUCCUGUCCACUGUUUUUGACGCAAAACGACGGCACCAUCAUUGACGCAGACGCUGCAGAGAAAUGCCCUAUCAAGACAUUCUCGAGUGGUCCAACUAAUUCCAUGUCUGGAGCUGCUUAUCUGGCUGGUCUUGACACCGAGGAAAAGAAAAUACGAAAUGCACAAGUUAUCGUUGCCGACGUUGGAGGAACCACAACUGAUGUAUGCGCACUCUUGCCAUCUGGCUUUCCCCGCCAAGCCGGUACAUGGGUAGAGAUUGGCGGUGUUCGGAGCGCCUUCUCUAUGCCUGAAGUAUUAUCCGUGGCUCUUGGAGGAGGGACGAAAAUUGAGGAGCGAGACGGCAAAGUCUAUGUUGGACCAGAGUCUGUUGGCCAUAGACUCACCAAUGAAGGCUUGGUCUUUGGUGGGAAGACAUUAACAACGACAGAUAUCGUUGUUGCAAGUGGCCACGCGGACAUUGGAGAUGCUUCAAAAAUCAAGGAUGUUCCCAACGAGAUCAUCAUCAAGGCACGACAUCGUAUAAAACGAAUACUCGAAAAUGCAGUUGACGCUAUGAAGUUGAGUGCAGAAGAUGCUGUCGUGAUCCUUGUGGGUGGCGGCAGCAUUGUGCAUAUGGAUGAUUUAGACGGAGUGGGACAAAUCAUCCGCCCACCGUUCCAUGAUUGUGCCAACGCCGUUGGAGCAGCGAUCGCGAAAAUCUCCGGGCAAAUAGACGUUGUUAAAGUUCUCGAAGGUCUCGAUGAGGACAAAGUCGUUGAAGAAGUAUGUUCAGAGGCAAAGAAAAUGGCCAUCGACUCUGGUGCGGAUCCAAAGUCCGUCACCGUUGUCGCCAUCGAGAACAUGCCUUUGCAAUACGUCCAGAUGCGCGCCUCGCGGAUCGUUGUCAGAGCUGCCGGCACUUUAAACCAGAAAGCCCUCUUGCAUCAUAUUCCCAGUGAAAGCACUGAAGACCUUGUAGCACUUCAAGAGGUACUCGAGGAGAGAGUUUCUAGGAAGACGAACGCUGAAAAGGAUCCGAAAGACUUCUUGGUCAGUCCUUCAGCACUAGUCGACAUUCGACAGUACAGGCCCGAGGUCGAUAAGAAUGGCACAUGGUGGGUAUCCGAGAUCGACUGUGAAUUCCUUGCGACUGGUUGCAGUACCUUGGCUUGCGGUGGUGGAGGCCCCGGGUACAUGUGCUAUAUGGCCGCAAGGGCAGCUAUCAAAGCUGGUGAACGCUUGCCAAUAGUUGAUGUUGAGACUUUGCCGGACGAUGGAUAUGUCCUCGGUAGCAUAUCUUAUGGUGCUCCAACAGUCACACUCGAACGUAUUCCUAGCGGUACAGAAUCGGUCGACGCCACGGACGCUCUUCUCAGUUGUUUCCCAGGGAUCAAGAUGAGUGCUCAGAUAGCGCUCGAAAUCGGAGGGAUGAACGGCAUCCGUCCGCUUCUGGUUGCCAACAGUUAUGGCGGUAUACCAACCAUAGAUGGUGAUCAUAUGGGAAGAGCCUAUCCUAGGAUCGGGAUGGACACUCCAGCCUUAUUCGGCUUCCCUCUUGCACCUUGCACACAGAGUGACGGCAUGGGCAAUGUCGUGACCGUCCACAAAGCGUCUUCUCCUGAGAAGCUCGAAAAGAUUCAUCGUAAGGCCGGUCAAGAACUUGGCCUAUUCUCACAACUGGUCAAUCCGCCUAUGUCCGUCAAGGAUACGAAGACGAUGGCCACAUUAGGUACUACUUCGCUAGCAUGGUACAUCGGCCGCGCCGUUUAUCUCGCUAAGCAGGAGAAGACUGAUAUCAUGAAAGCCAUUGUCGAAGCGAACCCAUCAGGUCGUAUCCUAUACACCGGAAAGAUUGUCUCCGUCAAUCGGUAUAUUUCAGCCGGCGGGUAUACGGAGGGUACAGUCCGUCUGAAGCCCAUUAGUAACGAUGAAUUGGAGUACGGAGACACGGCCUCGACGGAGACGCGCGACAUGGUUCUACCUUUCCAGAACGAGUAUCUCUACGCAGAGCUCAUCGAGCCAGAUGCACCGAAGGGUACCAAGGGAGAAAUUCUUUGUACAGUCCCAGACUUAAUAUCGCUCAUCGGAUCAGACGGGUAUGCUCUAGGAACCCAAGAUCUAAGAUAUGGUGUCCGGGUUAGCGUCGUUGCGUUUGUUGCUCACCCGCACUGGCAAGGGGUUGAAGUCGGCGGCCCUAGGGAGUUUGGUUACGACAUGGACUUCAUACCACUGGGAACACCCUAUUACGAGCCCAAGCGGGUGACCAAGGAGUUUCGACCGGUGUGA